AUGGACGCGGUAAACUACCUCACAGCAGCUAUUCGUAAUACCGCCAUUUCAAUCUUCAACCCUAUACUAGAAUCAGAACCAAGCGAACCUUUCUCCCCAACGGCUGACGAUGUAGUAGAGGUCAAGAAAUUCUUUCUCGAAUCUGCAAAACUCCCUCUAGAACUCGUCGAUGCUAUAAUAGAUCAGGCAGAAUACUGGCCACAUACUCGAAGCGUGUUUCAUCGACAUGAAUCAGAAAAUCCUUUGUAUGUCAGGGCUGGUGGUGUGGAGGAGAAUUCACUACUGUUACGAACCCCACCACUCGGAUUUAUGCCGCUGCAGGAAUGGACACACGCAAUAACAAAAACCUCAACGGACACACCACGGAAGUUGACUACGGAUGUCGGACCUGAACUUGAGGGGACAGGGAGAUAUGCUUGGAAUUUAGAAGGAGCUCCUUUAAUUUCGGAAUCUGCGCCUGGCGAGGUGGGAGAUGAUGAGUUGACAAAGAAGGUCUUGAAGGGUUUGGGUGAUGAUUCUGCUUCACGGGGUCUUACAUGUCGGAAGAUUGUGUUUACUAUUAGGAGCCAUGAUCAAGGAUGGGGAGGGUCGUCCGCUGCUGAUAGGGGAACAUAUCGAGGAUCAUUUACUUGGUUUGAUGUCGGUUUGGAAAGGGUGGUAGCAAAGCGUCAAGAUGACGAAUCAGGAACCUCUAACUCUCAAAACCCCAUCGUCCUAACAACUCGUCAAAUCCUCCCUCACUUUUCUCCCUCGCAAGAACCCGAAUUCCCUCUUCUACCAGGACGAACCUGUCUGCAAAAGAACCUCACUGCAUCCAAUACUUGGCAAGAUCAUGUCAUUGAAUGGAGGGCAACAGAUAAUAUCCACGAAGAAUCUCCAGAAGCCGACGCACUUGAGGAACAAGGCCGAGGAAGAGCUAGUUUGGAUGGAGAGUUUGUAAGGAACCUGAAGAUUGGAGAUGCGAUUACAGUCUGGGGAAAGGCCCGGUUUGGGGGAUGGUCAAACAUUAUUACGGAUGUUAAUGUUGAUGUGUAUUGGGCUGUAUGA